CUCAGUCAGUCAGUCAGUCAGUCAGUUCAGCUGCUAACACAGACUGAGAGCACAUGUUAAAUAUAGAGCAGACUCUCACUCCUGACCAGGAACAAACAGGCUGAAAGAAGAAGAAGAACUGAUUUUAUUGAAGCUGAAAGAAAGAGUCUCUCUCUCUCUCUCUCUCUCUCUCUCUCUCUCUCUCUCUCUCUCUCUCUCUCUCCUCAGUUCUAACUCGCCCUUUGAGCUCACAGACCAAACUUGGAGAGGACGAAGCUUCACACCACUCUGUUACUGCGCCUCCAACUUUGGCAAGAGAAGAAGAAAAAGACCAGAGAAAACUAAAGAGGAACAUUAAAGGACAGAAGAUAUUUCAGAAAUAAUCAGAUAAACACAGUGAUGUGAGAGAUAAACUCAUCACAGAGGACGGGAGUCAUAUUUUGGGACUGAACAGCUGUGUGUGACACCUCUGACGGACUGAGACAGGUAGAAAAUGCGAUCCAGGAACUGCACCAUGGAUGGUCCAGAUGACGGACGCAUCCAGCCCACUAAAGGUUUCAUCAAGCAAGAAGAGGAGAACACACCCGAGCUCACAAAGAGGAAGAUGAAGGUCCAGCGGGAGGAGAAGGAUGGGAGAACAGCAGGGUCAGCUAAGAAACCCCAGAAACCUGCAGAGAGCAGGAAGGCAGCAGCGUUGGAUCUGUCAAAGACGGACCUGCUGCACCUGCUGGGAAUCAUGGAAGGAGAAGUUCAGGCCAGAGAGGACAUCAUCGGCCUGCUGAAAUCAGACAGAACCAGACCAGAGAGUCUGGAGGCUCACUACACCUCAGCUGUCCCCACCAAACCCCUGCAGGCCCUGCAGAGAGACGGACUGCUCACCCUCAGCAACAACAGCACUGAGGACGUGUAUGAGAAACCAAUGGCCGAGUUGGACCGUCUGGAGGACAAACAGAAGGAGACGUACAGACGGAUGUUGGAGCAGCUGCUGCUGGCAGAGAAAUGUCACCGCCGCACCGUCAUGGAGCUGGACAACGAGAAACGCAAACACACCGACUUUAUGAACAAGAGUGACGACUUCACCAACCUGCUGGAGCAGGAGAGGGAGAGACUCAAAAGGUUGUUGGAGCAGGAGAAGGCCUACCAGGCUCGUAAGGACAAGGAACACAGCAGGAGGCUGGAGAAGGUCAGAGCGGAGCUGGUUAAGCUCAAGUCCUUUGCCCUGAUGUUGGUAGACGAGCGGCAGCUGCAUAUCGAGCAGAUUGACCAGCAGAGCCAGAAGAUCCAGGACCUCACUCAGAAGCUGCAAGAGAAAGAGCAGCAUUUGACAGCGGUCAGUGACACCGCAAAGGAGGACGGACAGAAGAUCCUCAAGUUGGAGGCUGAGCUGGAGCACAAAGCGGCCAAGUUUGCACAGGAACACGAGGAGAUGACGGCCAAACUGGCCAACGAAGAGUCCCAAAGCCGACAGCUUAGGCUGAAGCUAGCUGGUUUGGCACACAAGAUUGAAGAGCUUGAGGAGAGCAACAAGGUGCUGCAAAAAUCAGACGAAGACCUGCAGGAGCUAAGGGAGAAGAUCAGCAAAGGGGAGUGUGGGAAUUCGUCUCUCAUGACGGAGCUGGAGAAUCUGCGGAAGAGAGUGCUGGAGAUGGAGGGCAAGGAUGAGGAGAUAACCAAAACAGAGACUCAGUGCAGGGAGCUGAGGAAAAAGCUGCAGAGUGAGGAGAAUCACAGCAAGGAGCUGAGGCUGGAGGUAGACAAAUUGCAGAAGAGAAUGGUUGAACUGGAAAAACUGGAGGGGGCUUUCAGCAGGAGCAAAACAGAGUGCUCUCAGCUUCAUACAAACCUUGAAAAAGAGAAACGUGUUGUGAAGGAUCUGGCUGGUGAACUGGAGAAGGUGAAAACUCGGUUGAAAGAACUUGAGAGCGCCGAGUCAAAGUUUGAAAAGGCAGAGAUGGUCCUAAAAGAUGAUCUUAUGAAGUUGAAAUCCUUCACAGUUAUACUGGUAGAUGAAAGAAAAAAUAUGGCAGAGAGGCUUAAACAGGAAGAACAGAAAAGUGAUGAUUUGAGUAAGAUGUUCAAAGCAGAGCAGGGCAAGGUUACAGAGGUCACAGAGAAGCUGAUUGAGGAGAGCAAAAAGCUUCUCAAAUUCAAAUCAGAAAUGGAGGUCAAAGUGUCAACCCUCAUUAAAGAGAAAGAGGAGUUAAAAACUAAACUUGUAAGUGAAGAGGAAAGGUGUAGGGAGAUGAAUACCAAACUGGGUAGUAUGAAAAUAAGAAUGGAUGGACUUGAGGAAUCAGAGAGGGAAAUGCAGAGAAAGUGGUCCAACAAGGACAAUAACAGAAAUCCAGAUGACGACAACAAAGUCAAAGAGCUCACGCUAGAAAUUGAAAGACUAAAGAGCAGGCUCAAACAACUUGAGGUGGUAGAAGGUGACUUAAUGAAAACAGAGGAUGAGUAUGAUCUACUGGAGAAGAAAUUCAGAACAGAGCAGGACAAAGCGAAUACCCUUUCAAAGAUGCUGGAAGAAAUGAAAAGUCAGAUUGCCAGAAACAAAGCCAUAGAGAAAGGCGAGGUCAUGAGUCCAGAGGCUGAGCUUAGAAUUCGCUGCAAGAUGGAGGAGGCCAAAACCAGAGAGCUGCAGGCAGACGUCCAGGCCCUGAAGGAGAAAAUCCAUGAACUGAUGAACAAGGAAGACCAGCUCUCCCAGCUGCAGGUGGAUUAUUCUGUCCUCCAGCAGAGGUUCAUGGAAGAGGAAGAGAAGAAGAAGAGCAUGAGCCAUGACUUUGUCAACCUUACCAAAGAGCUGGAAGCCACAAAGCGCUACAGUCGUGCCUUGAGGCCCAGCAUGAAUGGAACGAGGAUGGUCAGUGUCCCGGUUACUUCCACAGCAGUGCAGACAGAUGUGAUGGCCAGUGAGCCUGCUGAAGACGAGACGACGGCAGGCUUUAUCCGGAAAUCCGUCCUUGAGGAAAACCACUUAAUGAGCAACCUCAGACAACGGGGACUGAAAAAGCCAACAGUUCUUGAACGAUACCCUCCAGCUUCAGCAGAGCUUGGUGCAAGAAAGUCCUGGACAUCCUGGUUGAAAAGGAAGGAGGCCAUCACACUCACUCAGACCACUCCUGACAAGACAAAUAGGGCAUCCUUGCUCCAACCACCUGAGAUUACCAGGCCAGGCCAGCCACUGCACAUUCGAGUGACUCCAGAUCACGAGAACAGCACUGCCACCUUGGAGAUCACCAGCCCUCGAGCUGAGGAUUUCUUCUCCAGCACCACCAUCAUCCCAACUCUCGGCCUUCAAAAACCUCGUAUCACAAUCGUCCCGAAGCCCACAACCGUAGCAUCAAAGAGCAAAUCCUGUGAGUCUGUAGGAGGUCUCGAUCGAGCCAAAUCACCUGUCACGAUAACCACCAUCUCCAGGGCCAUGAGUCCAGAGAAGACCAACGGCUGCAGCUCUGACAGCCUUCAGUCACCGGUGUCCAUCAUCACAGUCAGUACCACUCCUGUGGCUGAAGCAUGUGCUUCAACUGAGCCUCAUGAUAUUCCGGCUGGCCGCACAGUGAUCAAGAUGACCCCAGAGAAGCAACCUGGGCUGGCACCUUUUAGGAAAUACAAUGGCAACAGCAACAUCAUCACAACAGAGGACAACAAAAUCCACAUUCACUUGGGUCCACAGUAUAAGAGGCCUUCAGAGGGCUGCAGUAAUCCAGUGUUGACACUCAGAAGCUCAGAAAGCAGCAAGGAAAUGUCAACAGGAACGGUUCUCCGCUCCCCACGCCAGACCUCAAUGGGGAAGACCACUCAGAGCAAAAUGACAAGCAGCAUAACAAUCACACCAAUCACCUCAGCAUCCUCCAAGCCAACACAGUCAGUGCCCAGUUCGGAUGUGCAGUCAGCUCGGAGUGCUGCCACACGGAUCCCAGUGUCAAAAGGUAUGAAACCAAGCAGCAAGGUUCUGGGUGUGUCGACGGUGACAAGGUUAGAGUCGCGGGCCGAGAGCCAGUCGAUGAAAAUUGAGCUGAGGAAGUCGACGGUGUGUGGCUCUGCCUCUGCAGCAGGAGGCAAGAGCUGAGGGCUAAACACGCUGCCAUGGCAACAACUCAAUCUGAACACCUCAUGAUUGAGUUUGCCACCAAAUCUGCUGCCAAAUACGAGUCACAGGCCACAUCAGUAUAAAUACACAAAUGGGACUCUGUGUGAUGUUGCCUCUCACAACAGCUUAGCUUUCUAAACACUAUUUCAGUUUAUACAUGUUAUCAGGAAAGCUUUUAUGUCAUUUCAAGGGCAGGUUUUUAAGGUGUUUCAUUAUAUUUUAAUUUCCACCGAAGCAUCUCUUUGCAUGUCUCUUUUGCAUCUGUGCAUUAUGUUUAACUUCAUCCUCAUGAUAUUUUUUUGGCAGUAGCUUUAGACUUGCUCUCAUCAGGGCCAGAUUAACACUUCGCUGUACCCUGGGCAACAAUAUUCAAGGGCCCCAUCAUCACGACCCCAGGAUCACUAUAAUAUGGCAAAAGAAUAAAUAAAUUCCAGUAAUAUACGUAAAUAUACUCAAUACAUCAAUAUCUAACUGUCAUCAAGUGCAUUUUGAUGUACAGAUGUGCAAAUGCUCAUAGAAAUACAAAUGCACCACUAUGUCCUCUUGUCAAAGCCACUCACUCACAUAUGAUGCUAUGAAAAUAAAACACAUCAGCUACAGUAUAAUCUGGCAAAAUUGACCCACUACAUUAGAGAGGGAGGGAAGUGUCCUCCAUUUUCACAAAAAAAUAAAUAAGCAACCACUUUCAAAGCAUCCAGUAUUUAUUUAACAACACUUAUUGGCACAUAUGCAUGAUUCAUGCAUAUGUGCCAGGCCGCUCCAAGGCAAUUGUUGUUUCCCAUAAUAACACGGUUUAACCAGGGCUGAACUUCCACGUGACAUAUGAGAUAUGCAGCCAUUUGUUAGGACGAAUUAGCCCCACACUUCAUAUGACCUAACAUAGGCUACAAUAAAAAAAAUGCCAUGCCGACCAGCUACUAUUCUGCCAUCUGCACUGACAAAACGAAAAACAAAUGUGAGCUGCUCUACGUGUGCUAAAUCUGGUGAUGAAUCAACGAUCACAGAGAAAUAUUUAGCGUGUCUGAUUUCCUCUGCUAUCACUUUCUGAGUUUUGUCACCCAUUAAUGAAAUAAAUUCUUCACACACAGUUGAGGACAGGUAAGAUGGCUUACCUCUACCCUUAUUGCCAUGCUUCUCAAUGUGCUCCUUUAAAAAGGGGUCAAACUCCGCUAUCAGUUCAAGCAGUCCCAAAUAGUUCCCAUUGUGCGCGGAGCCGAGCAGUUCGUUGUCGCCUCGAAAUGGCAGUCCUCUCGCUCCCAUAAAUUUAAUAACAGCAACCACACGUCUGAGGACUUAUUUCCAGUACUGCUGUUCUGCCUCACACUGUCGGGCAAGAGAAGCGUCCACUCUGCAUGCAUAAUUAGACCUGUGCAAUAAAGAAAGCAUGUUUUGUCUGUGUACUGCGAUCUUUUCGUGAUCACUAAUCCUCUCUGGAUGUUUCCAAUCACAGAAUCCGCUGAUAAAUGCAUGCUUUUGGGAUGACAGGAGUUUGCACACAAAGCAAUAAACUGAUCCAGUUGAUGGCGAGUAAAGAAGCCAUUCCCUUGGCACAAUUUUGUUGUUUGGGAGACGGCAAUGAAGCAAAUCGUUAGUGAGGGAGCGUGUCCUACUCCCACGACAGGACUCUCUUACCGAUGCAGCCCGGUUCUGGAAAGCUGCAGGCCCUCGGUAGAUCGCCUCUUCCCGGAGCUGCUCCGUAACGGGCCCCCACAGUGCAGGGUUUCUGUGCAGUGCAACGGCUCCGGGCGGCGGACAGUUUAUAUUAUAAGCAAGAGAUAACCAGAUAUUUUCCUUAUGCCCUCACUGCCCCGGGCCCUUCAGAGGUCGCGGGCCCCUGGGCAAUUGCCCAGUUGUCCAUAUGGUUAAUCCGGCCUUGGCUCUCAUCAUUCACAUUUUCAUAGCAUGUGUUUAUUUCAACAUUGCUUUUGGAGGUUUCCAGUCACUGGAGCACUGUGAAUUGUUUGUGACAGUAUGAAUUGUCAUCAUUUGUGACAGGCACCAAAAUAAAAAUUAUUUAUAUCUGAACCAAGUACGGCAUUGCUCUGUAGAACUCAUUUGUCUCUGGUGUGAGUGAGCUUUGUGUGUAUUAAAAAAUGGUGGGUGAGAAUCAACCAGGAAACCUCCAUAAUAUUAACCUGGCCAUGCUGAUAAACAAAGCACAACUCAACAGCCUUAUCAACUAAUGUCUGAGCUUAUGUUUCAUGUGAUGUUUCCAUGGCCUGUGUGAAAAUGAUAGUAGGCCUACUGUACAUGUCUUGGCAACGUGUUGUUUUGGAUGAAAAAAGGAAGGCCUAUAUUUAACUUGAACAGUGUACAGUGUCUAAUCUUGAGUUUGUACAUUAAUCUCAAUAAAUGCUGAAUGGAUAGACUUUAGUGAUAACAGAAAUUCUGUAGCCUAUUCCAUGGUAGGCCAUUUUAAAUACAACACAUAUACAUGUAUUUUUAGAAAAUGUAAGACCAAUGCUGUUGUUGUCAUAAUCUGUGAUGUCCAUUGCAAAUAAAUGUCCAAAACUAUGCAUAGAAAUCAGAAAACACUUCUAACUGCAGGAUUUGCCUGAGGAUUAUCACGUUUUUUAAGUUUUCUUCAGUAUCAAAGUGCUCCAGUCACAUGAUAGUUGUCUGUAUGCUCAUGGGUACAUUGUAAAAAAGAGCUGCUAAAGGCUAAUUUGGCAUACUUUUAAUUUAAACAAGCAGGCUAAAAAACGGUGCCCAAGUUGGAGCCUUGGGGACUCCACAGCCCACAGAGUCAGACUCUGAAAACUCCUCAUCCAGAGCAACAGAGACAUUUUUUUCUGGAAAGACAUUGUUGCUGUUCUAUUUUUUUUCUAAUGCUGUGAGUACCAAACCCUGGAUAAAUAAAACCAAACUGUAAGCAUGGAUAGAUAUUUAUUCAAUUUAAAACAUUUCCAGGUUCCAGACAAACAAGAUACUACCAGAAAUUAAGUGAGUAAUUAUACAUUUUUGUAAAUUUGGUAAGUUGGGUAUGCAACUUGAAAAACACUGGGUGAAAGAGUUGGGGGGUUUUUUUCAUGAAUUUUGCCAAUAGAUAUGAUUUCAUUUGACUUUUUACACAUGGUUGUACAAACAGGUUGUCAUAAAAAAACUCUACUUGUGCGAUGUAAUUUUAUAGUGAAGAUUUGAAAGAAGAAUGGUAUAAACAUGAAGAUGGUCUUAUUCCAGGUUUACAUAAAUAUCUACUGUCUUAAA